UCUUUUUUCACUUCACAUAUUCACUGAACUUUUACCAGCUCUCUCUUUAUCCACUCUUGUUUCUCUUUUUCUCCUUAGAAGCAAACAAAGAUGGGGAAGAAGGGAAUUAAGCAGAAUUCACUAAUUCUAUGGGCUGCUGUUUCUGCAUUGCUCGUGCAGAAUUUGGUCGUUCCGGUCAUGUCUAGAGCUUCUUUUGAUGAACAAAAGACCUAUUACUCUCCUCCUGAUCAUACCGCAACUCCCCCGAGUACAGGUUCACACACACCUCCAUCUCAUGGUUCAGGAGGUCAUGGUCAUGGUCAUGGAACACCUACGCAUGGAAGCGGUAGCCAUGGAGGAAAACCACCAUCUGGGAACUGUGGUAACCCGGAGCCCCCUAGUGGAGGGCAUCACCAUAACCCUACCCCAUCCCCUCCUUCAGGAGGUGGUUAUAAUCCCUCUCCUCCAACUCAUCAUCAUGGAAGCCCUCCAAGUACACCAACACCUAGUACCCCCAGUACACCAACACCAAACACCCCCUCCACACCACCUACAACUCCUGACCCUGGCACUCCAAGCACUCCAGGGGGUGGUGGCUACUAUCCUUCCCCUCCAAGUACUCCAACACCUAGUACCCCUAGUACACCAUCCACCCCUCCCACACCUACCACUGAAACACCACCUACUCCUACUGUUGACCCUGGCACUCCAAGCACUCCAGGUGGUGGUUACAAUCCUUCCCCCACACCUAGUACCCCCAGUGCACCAACCACCCCCUCCACACCUACCAUUGAAACACCACCUACUCCUACCGCUGACCCUGGCACUCCAAGCACUCCAGGUGGUGGUUACAAUCCUUCCCCCACACCUAAUACCCCCAGUGCACCAACCACCCCCUCCACACCUACCAUUGAAACACCACCUACUCCUACCGCUGACCCUGGCACUCCAAGUACUCCAGGGGGUGGUUACUAUCCUUCCCCCACACCUACUACCCCUUCUACACCAACCACCCCCUCCACACCUACCAUUGAAACACCACCUACUCCUACCGCUGACCCUGGCACUCCAAGCACUCCAGGGGGUGGUUACAAUCCUUCCCCCACACCUACUACCCCCUCCACCCCUACCAUUGAAACACCACCUACUCCUACAGUCGACCCUGGCACUCCAAGUACUCCAGGGGGUGGCUACUAUCCUUCCCCUACACCUACUACCCCCACUACACCUACCAUUGAAACACCACCUACACCUACCAUUGACCCUGGAACUCCAAGCACUCCAGGGGGUGGUUACUAUCCUUCUCCUACACCUACUACCCCCACUACACCUACCAUUGAUCCAGGCACUCCAAGUGCUCCGGGUGUCUUUCCAAUUGACCCCAACUCACCACCUUUUACAUGCAAUUACUGGAGGACUCACCCGACGCUGAUAUAUGGCUUGUUUGGCUGGUUAGGAAGUGUGGGCAAUUCAUUUGGCGUGGCUAGUGUUCCAGGUUUUGGUUCAAACAUGAACUUGCUACAAGCACUUUCCAACUCUCGUACCGAUAGCUUUGGGGAUCUCUACAGGGAAGGGACAGCUUCUUUAUUGAACUCCAUGGUGAGCAGGGGGUUCCCCUUCACUACCAACCAAGUCAGGGAUAGUUUUAUUUCAGCACUCAGUUCAGACAAGUCAGCAGCAGCUCAGGCACAGCUGUUCAAGUUGGCCAAUGAGGGGCGGGUCAAGCCCAGAGCUUGAGAAAUAAGUCGUGAUUUCUUUUCAAAAAUGUCGAUUUAUCAGUUUAGAGUUUCAUAGUGUUAUCAGCUGUGUGUUUACUUAAGAUUGAAUACUAGUGAUGUUUUUUUCUCUCUCUAUGCUUUUGUAUGUUACGACAUUAUUAAGAGGCUAUUAGGAUACCAACAUUCUGUUUAAUCAGUUAUAAGUCAGAUCUGACUUUGUUGAUGUAGGCUAUAUUUGCAUGGGUGAAUUCCACGUUCCAAUUUGACA